AUGAGUCUAAAAAGGCCAUCGGAGCUCUAUAAACACCUAAGAGUUUCCAAGAGAUAUAUCCUGGGGAAAUCCCAUGAUGACGUAGUGACAUCGCUCCCAAAAGAUGAAGAUGCCCCCGAGCUAGAGUCACGACUUCAAUUCCAAAAGCAAUUUAUGAUAGGAGCACAAAGUAACAGAGUGGGGUUAGGAUCGAAUAGGAGAGUCCAAGAUGCGGAUAUAUUGAAGUCUUUUAUUCGGCAAGACGAGAAUGAUAAAUAUAAGAUCCAUGCAAUGAAUUUAGAAAUGCAGAACGAGUGUUUAGACAUAGGAGAUUUUUGCAUCCCAUUAGCAUUAAAAUGGCGCACUUUAAUUUAUGAUUGGUCGCCAGCAUUGCUAAAAUUCUAUCUCAAUGCGUUCCAGAUGACUCUCCCAGAUCAGAGUAAUUUAGUAAGAUGGGGUAAAAGUACCGAAAAAACUUGCUAUAUCUGUGGAAAGGCAGUUGGAACUGCUAAGCAUCUGCUGGUGGGAUGUAAGGUACUCCUGGACAGCGGUCAAUACUCGCGUCGUCACGAUAGGGUUCUAGAAGUCAUACGUGAAGCGGUUAGUCUUUCGGUAGCCAGAGCGCAAACGGAAAUAACCACAAACGAACGAUCAGUAGGUUUUGUGAGAGAAGGCUCUAGGGCUACAAAAUCAAACGUCAAGCCCUACUCCAUCCUUAAAGCGGCGUCGGAUUGGACUAUAAUGAUGGACACGUAUGAAAAACAAUAUAAAAUCCCCGAGGAUAUUUGUGCGUCGGCCUCCAGACCGGAUAUAUUUUUGUUUUCGCGAAUUUUAAAGCGCGUAGUGAUGAUAGAGCUUACGGUCCCUUGGGAAACCAACAUCCCCAAAGACCAUACCAUCAAGGCCAACAAAUAUUACGAGCUCACAAACGAACUCACUCGAAAUAGGUUCGUAGUAGAUUUGUACGCGGUAGAGGUGGGAGCGAGAGGUAUAACAGCGAAAUCUCUCUAUAACCUACUAAAGGACUUGGGCUUGUCCAGAACUCACAUUAAUGCAUUCUUGGAACGUACAUCGAAGGCAGCCCUAGUAGGUUCUUUUCACAUUUGGUUAGGUAGGGAGAGGAGCUUGGACAGUGGAGGUGAGCGUGUUUAUAGAAUAAAAUAA